GGUCACACCUUACAGUGGUCACAGUGUAUAUCGGAACAUAGACUGAAUUGUGCAUUCAAAACUUAUUAGGCUAAACAUCACCUACGCCAACUAUCCGAAUGCUGUGAGUUCCGAAAGGGUUUCGUCAUGAGUGCCCUGAUAGCCACACUCUAAAUAUAUAAGGGUAUAUUUAAAGUGUGGCUAUCAGGGUACUUUCGUCACACCUUACUAUUUUUCGGAGCGAAAUUUAAAUUUCUGGUGUGAUAGAAAGGAAAAAAAAAAUUGUCUUCGAAACUUUUAUCGUACAUUUUUCUUUUUUUUUUGCACGACUCUUUUUAAAAAAAAGUUUUUUUUUUCAUUUUUUCCACGAUCAAAUGAGCAUUAAGUCGUGCACUUUUGGAUUUACCAAACUUUUUGCAGUUAACUUGACAUCAAGUCCUAAUUAGGACUAUGGUUUCCUUUAACUUGCACUCUGUAAAUAAUUAUAUUAUUACAUACAACGUAAAUUCAUGGCAUAAUAUAUUUAUUAAACUAAAUAAUAGAAAUGUUUUUUCAUCGAGUUAUUUUAUUAUUAAUAUUUCUAUCAAUGAUAGAAGGCAAAAAAAAAUAUGACAAAAAGGAUUUAGUAACAUUGAAAGAAGAGGUUCGUUCUAUGUUUGAUUAUGCUUAUUCAAGUUAUUUGAACUAUGCGUAUCCUUAUGAUGAGCUAAGAUCUCUCAGCUGUGAUGGUUUUGACACAUGGGGAAGUUUUUCGCUCACUUUAAUCGAUGCACUGGACACUUUGGCUGUUAUUGGAAACUUUAGUGAGUUCCGCCGUAUUACUGAGAUAAUAAGCACAAGAAACGAUUUUGAAGCGAAUAUAAAUGUUUCUGUGUUUGAAACAAAUAUUAGAGUAGUAGGUGGGCUUCUAAGUGCCCAUUUAUUAAUAAAAAAAGCCGGAAUGACUUUACCACCAGGGUGGCCGUGUAACGGACCAUUAUUACGACUUGCUGAAGACAUGGCUAAAAGACUUAUUGUAGCAUUCGACACACCUACAGGAAUGCCUUAUGGUACAGUUAAUUUGAAAUAUGGUGUCCCAAGUGGAGAAACUACUAUAACAUGUACUGCUGGCAUUGGAACGUUUUUACUUGAAUUCACUACGUUAUCAAGAUUGACCGGUGAUCCGUUAUAUGAAGAAGUAGCUAUGAAUGCUGUUAAAGCAUUACAUUAUUACAGGUCAAAGAUAGGACUCGUAGGUAAUCACAUAGAUAUUUUAACUGGCCAAUGGACAGCUCGAGAUUCCGGAAUAGGUGCAGGAGUUGAUUCUUAUUUUGAAUAUUUAGCAAAAGGAACGCUUUUGCUCCAAAACCCUUUUUUAUCUGAAAUAUUUCAUGAUUAUAAAGCAGCGAUUGAGAAAUACAUCCGUCGAGAAGAUUGGCAUUUAUGGGUAUCCAUGACUGAAGGUCAUGUCACUCUUCCUGUUUUUCAGUCACUAGAUGCUUAUUGGCCUGGAGUGUUGAGUCUUUUUGGAGAGACAAAUGAUGCCAUGAAAUCAUUACAUAACUACCAUCAAGUAUGGAAGCAGUUUGGUUUUACACCAGAAUUUUAUAAUAUUGCUCAAGCUGAAGCUGGAACUAACAGAGAAAGCUAUCCUUUACGACCUGAACUCAUUGAAUCUGUCAUGUAUCUAUACAGAGCUACUAAAGAUCCAUACCUCAUUCAAGUCGGCGCGGAUAUAUUAAAAAGCUUACAACACAGUGCUAAAACUAAUUGUGGAUAUGCAACUAUUAAUGAUGUACGGGAUCAUAGGAAAUCGGAUAGAAUGGAAUCUUUUUUUCUUGCUGAAACUACUAAGUAUUUAUAUCUUCUAUUUGAUCCGGAUAACUUUAUUCAUAGUAACGGAAAUAGUGGAGAAAUCAUUAAAACACAAUGGACUGAAUGUGUAGUUGGUGGUGGAGGUUAUAUCUUUAAUACUGAAGCUCAUCCCAUUGACCCUGGCGCUCUUGCAUGUUGCAGACCAGUUCAAAGUUUUUUUUCAAAACAAUCAAGUUUUGAAAAAUUAAGUGAUCAUCGUGCAAAAAUUAAAGAAUACAAAAAAAAAAAUAUUUUGCCAGCUACAGAAUUGAACUUUGAACAUACUCAAAAGGAAAGUAAUAUUGUCAUACAAAAAGAUCCAUUUAAAAAUAAGAUCGAAAAAAUAGAAAAUAAAAGUUUUUCUGUUCUCACAAAACCUAUCGUUACUAAUGUCGAUAAAACUUUUAAUUUAAAUGAGAAUGUAGAAAAUACAAAAACUGGCAUGCACAUUACUCAAGGAGUAAAUUCCAAGGCAACCAUUGAUGAAGAUUUAAAAGAAAAUGAAUUCAUUGCUCAGUCACUACUUGAAAGAAUUCGAAGUACGAAUAUGUAUACUAUUAAUUCAACAAUUAAUGAAAAUUAUCAAUUUUUAUCAUGCCAAUCUCAACCAUUUUUACAACGUAUUUCUAUUAUUGGAGAAUUUUUUUAAACCAAAGUACUUUUUUUUUAAUAAACUCCAAAAAACUUUA